GUACUGUUCUCUCUUUUGAAUCUUUAUACAAAAUUUAUUGUUUUCAUUAAUUUAUUUAAAAUCUUGAUCACUACAAACAAUGACCUUUUAAGCGAAAAUAAGGGUGUGAAAGUUAAUUAUAAUGGCGUCAAGAGGGGGGCGGAGCUGUCACUGCAGCGGCGUAUAACAGAGACACAGACGAUGGGGAACAUUGGGGAGUCAAUGAUUGAUAAUGAAGUGGUUCCAUCGUCUCUGGUGGAGAUUGCUCCUAUUCUUCGUGUUGCCAAUGAAGUUGAGCCCAGCAACCCCCGUGUUGCAUAUCUAUGUCGGUUUUAUGCUUUUGAGAAAGCUCAUCGGUUAGAUGCCACUUCUAGUGGACGUGGUGUUCGGCAUUUUAAAACAUCCCUCCAAUGGCAGCUUGAAAGGGAAAAUGAUCCAACCUUGAUUGGAAGGGUUACAAAAAGUGAUGCACGUGAAAUGCAGAGCUUUUACUGGCAUUACUACAAACAGUACAUUCAAGAUUUGCAAAAUGAUGCUGAGAAAGCAGACCGUGCACAACUUACCAAGGCAUACCAAACUGAAAAUGUACUCUUUGAGGUUUACCGGGCGCAAGUAGUAGAAACCGAUCUUGAGAUUUUGAAAGCUCAUGAUAAAGUUGCUGGGAAGACACAGAUUUUUUUCUCCUAUAAUAAUCUUCCUUUGGAUCCUGAUAGUGUUAAUCAGACAAUUAUGAGAUUUCCAAAGAUUCGAGCUGCUGUUUACGCUCUCCAAAAUACGAGUGGUCUUCCAUGGCCCAACAAUUACAAGAAGAAGAAAGAUGAAGAUAUUCUUGAUUGGCUUCAAGCUAUGUUUGGAUUUCAGAAAGAUAAUGUUGCAAAUCAAAGGGAGCAUCUCAUUUUGCUACUUGCAAAUAUACACAUACGCCAGUAUCCAAAGCCUGACCAGCAACCAAAGUUGGAUGAGCGUGCUCUGAAUGAAGCCAUGAAGAAGCUUUUCAAAAACUACAAGAAAUGGUGCAAAUAUUUGGACAGGAAAAGCAGUUUAUGGUUGCCAACCAUACCACAGGAAGUACAGCAGCGUAAAUUAUUAUACAUGGGAUUACAUCUUCUCAUAUGGGGGGAAGCUGCAAAUUUAAGAUUCAUGCCUGAAUGCCUAUGCUAUUUUUACCAUCACGUAAGCUUUUAAAUUACUCAUGUUUUAUGAAUUUAGUGGAUAGGUUUUUAAUGUUUCUUGAAGUCUGAGUCAAUGUUUUGAAGAACAUAGAGAUUCUUUUUUAUGUUGCUUUUAUGCAUUUAUCACAAAGAAAAGUGCAAAAUCAACAUUGAUGUAAUUAAUGGGAAUUCUUUGUUGCUGGAUUCUUUGGAUGAUAGCAGAGAUGUACGCUUGUAGU